GGGAAAAAAUGCAGAGGCACCAGGCGCAGGCGCAGCAGAAGCCUUGGGCUUCCCGUCAGUCCGUCCGACGGGUCGUUUGUCGCACAAGGAUCCAAAUAACGCCUGGGCCCCGGCUCGCGGGCUCGGCUUUGCACGGCCACGCGCACUCGAGUGGCCCCAGCCCGGCCCCGAUCCAGCCGACGACCAGUGCUUCUUCCUAUUCGGUCGGCUCGUCGUGCUUCAUGUAGCCAUGUGCCUGACGGCACUGGCCCACGGUUUUCUUCUGUGCGCUACGUGCUGGCCUCGCGUCGCAUGGCACGGAUCGAUCGAUCGCACCACCUUCAUCUGCAUGCAUGUGCCGGCGACAGAUGUGCCGUGGCGGUCAAUGAUGGGGUCAUGAGUUUUAAGGCUGGGCCCAUGGGCCUCUGGCCUCCUCACGCUUUUGCACCGCCUGCCUGCCUACUCCGUCCGUCGCAUGUCAUCCAUGUCGCCGGCCAAAAACAUUCCAGCCCCUUGCGUCCCCUUUUCCUGUAAAGAGCGAACGUAGGCAGGGUCGUCUUUUCGUGAGAAUACAUGCACCAAAGUUGCAUGAAGAACCGCCACCAGAGCCCGCACGCCAAGCCGCAAAGGCAAAGGCUUUCUCCUCCUCUUGCAAAGACGGAUAGACAACCGCUUUCUUUUUCUCAUUCUACACCAAAUUCGCGUGCGUGCAUGCUCCUCCCAGUGCAAAAGCUUGACGUUUACUACCAAGUUAGUUAAGUACGUACUUUGAUUUGAUGCUACUGCUAGCUACGAGUAGUAUUGUUCAGCUUUUAUUUCUAGCGCCAAAGUGUAGUACUACAAAUAUACUACUAUCUGAAUGAAUGAUGCCCAUUGCCUAGGUAACCUGUAGCUGAGCAGUAGCCUGCAAGUGGUGUCUGCUGAGACCGUGCCCGCCUGCUUCGGCAACAUGCACUGCAUCACAUCACGAGCGCCACCAGUAACAUGCACCACAUUUCCUCCUACCACCACAACAUUAAAAAAUAGAAUCUCCAUUUCAUUUCGCUCCUUGCCUCUCGUGCCCGUCAUUCCUCGUCUCAUUCCCUCGACUCCACGACGGACCCCCAUCCAUCACACACAUUGUCCCAAGCCUUAACCACUUCCCACUAACCACCGAGUAUCGAGAGCACAAGACAAGGGAAGGGAAGAGGGUCCGUCAACCCAACGUGAAUUCCGACCCGACACGCCCCCCCUCUUUCUUUCUACCAACCCAUCGCCCAACUGAGAUCUCGAUCGAGUAGUAGAAAUCAAUGGUUCUGGUUUUGGAUCUUCGUAUCUUGGCUUGGCGUGCCGCUCAUGGCCGCCCGUAUCUUUCCACGAUAGCCGCUCCCGCUAUGCCAAAACCAAAGGGACGUAGCCUUCGCUUAAAGAAACAGUGGCCACGCAGAUCGUAGUCCUAGUCGUAGUCGUAGACGAUCGAUUGAUUCCUCCUCCUCCUUCCCCUGCCACUCUGCCUGUCUGCCAGCCACCCUUCCUCUCGGUGACGACCAUUCUCAUCUCUCGGCCACUCCAGGUCACGGGUGACAGGCCAUGAGCUUGCGGGGCGACCCGGCGGAGGCGGCUGCCGGGGAUGAGACGGCAGAGGAGCUGCUGGCGCGCGUGAGGGGGAUGGUGCCGGCGGCGGUGGGCGCGGCGACGGCCGCCGAGGGGUUCCCCGGCCGGUGGAAGGCGAUCGCGGCCAAGCUGGGCGCGCUCCCCGCGCGCCUGUCCGACCUGUCCAGCCACCCCUGCUUCGCCCGGAACGCGCUCUGCCGCGAGCUGCUGCACUCCGUGGCCGCCACGCUCGCCGACGCGGCCGGGCUCGCCGCGCGGUGCCGCGGCCCGCCCAGGGACGGGAAGCUGCAGACGCAGAGCGCCAUCGACGCGCUCGGCGCCAGGCUCGACGUCAACCUCCGGGACUGCGCGUUGCUCGUCCGGACCGGCGUGCUGUCCGACUCCGACGCAUCGGCCGCCCCUGCCACGACGGCUGCGGCUCCGGCGGACGUGCGGGAGCUGCUCGCGCGGCUGCAGAUCGGGCACGCAGACGCCAAGAGCCGGGCGGUGGACGGGCUGCUCGACGCGCUCAACCGGGACGAGAAGAGCGUCGUGUCGCUGCUCGGCCGCGCCAACGUGUCCGCGCUGGUGCAGCUGCUCACGGCGCCGGCGCCCAAGGCGCGGGAGAAGGCCGCCAUGGUCAUAUGCCGGCUCGCGGAGUCCGGAGGUGGCGCCUGCGAGGGGCUGCUCGUGUCGGAGGGCGCGCUGCCGCCGCUCAUCCGGCUGGCCGAGUCCGGCAGCAGCCUCGUCGGCCGCGAGAAGGCCGUCCUCACGCUGCAGCGCCUCUCCGCGUCCCCCGACGUCGCGCGCGCCAUCGCCGGGCACGGCGGCGUGCGCCCGCUCAUCGAGAUCUGCCAGACGGGGGACUCCGUGUCCCAGUCCGCGGCGGCCGGCGCGCUCAAGAACCUCUCCGCGUCGCCCGAAGCGCGGCAAGCGCUGGCCGACGAAGGGAUCGUCCGCGUCAUGGUCAGCCUGCUGGACUGCGGCACCGUGCUCGGGUCCAAGGAGCACGCCGCCGACUGCCUGCAGAACCUCACGUCGGGCGGCGACAGCUUCCGGCGCGCCGUCGCGCACGACGGCGGGCUGCGCAGCCUGCUGCUCUACCUCGACGCGCCGUCGCCGCAGGAGUCCGCGGUGCGCGCGCUCGGGAACAUGGUGGACGCCAUCUCGUCCGACACCAUCGUGUCGCUCGGCGUGCUCCCGCGGCUGGCGCACGCGCUCAGGGUCGGCUCAGCCGGCGCGCAGCAGGCGGCAGCCGCGGCGAUCUGCAGGAUCUCCGGCAGCGGCAGCAAGGAGAUGAAGCGGCUGGUGGGCGAGCACGGCUGCAUCCCGCUGCUGGUGCGGAUGCUGGAGGCGAAGUCGGGCGGCGCGCGCGAGGUGGCGGCGCAGGCGGUGGCGAGCCUGGCGGCGGGGCACCCGGGCAACGCGCGCGAGGUCCGGAGGGACGAGAGGAGCGUGCCGAGCCUGGUGCAGCUGCUGGAGCCGAGCCCGGCGAACACGGCGAAGAAGUACGCCAUCGCGUGCCUGGUGUCGCUGUCGCCGGCGAAGCGGUGCAAGAAGCUGAUGAUCUCGCACGGCGCCAUCGGGUACCUGAAGAAGCUGUCGGACAUGGAGGUCGCCGGCGCCCGGGACCUGCUGGAGCGGCUGGAGGACCGCGGCAAGCUCCGGAGCAUCUUCGGCAGUAAAAAAGAGUAAUUAAGUUGACACCGAGCCGAACAUACGAUUAGUAGUACGUGCCAAGCUCUCUCGUUUUGCUGUAUAGAAAUCGCUAUGUUGGGUGAAUAUAUAUUCGUUGUAAGAUAUGUUUCGUCAUGCUGGGCAGUUCGUGAGCUUCUAUCUAACCUCGUACACACUUUACAUUACACUGCUAUUUAUCUUUCUGGAAGUUAAUAAAUGAAUAAAGAUGGUAUAUAUUCGUCGCCA